AUGUCGCGUCUCCCAGAGACAACAAAACACGUCACGUUCCUCUUCGUCGACGGCGUCGCGGGUGGCCGUGCUCACUCACCGUUGGUGUGGUGGGGAGAAAUGGACGCUUCUCCUGCACCGCCGCCGCCGCCGCCGCCAGCGGGGUCUCCCGCCAUCGGGCGGAAGCUGAGCCCGGGGGUGCUCCUCCUCAUCGCGAUCCUGGCGAUGGUCUUCUUCAUCUUCGGCCUGCUCAACCUGCUAGCACAGAACCUGCUGCGCCUGCGGCGGGCGCGGCGGCGGCGGCGCCGGGUCGGGGAUGCCGCCGCGGCGCCCGACGGAAGCAGCCCCACGGCGUUCCAGGGCCAGCUCCAGCAGCUGUUCCACCUCCACGACGCGGGCGUCGACCAGGCCUUCAUCGACGCGCUGCCCGUCUUCCCCUACCGCGCCGUCGCCGCCGCCGCCGCCGCCAAGGACCACGACGGCGAGCCGUUCGACUGCGCCGUCUGCCUCUGCGAGUUUGCCGACGACGACAAGCUCCGCCUGCUCCCGACGUGCGGCCACGCGUUCCACGUGCCCUGCAUCGACGCCUGGCUGCUCUCGCACUCCACGUGCCCGCUCUGCCGCGGCAGCAUCCUCGCCGAGGCCGACUACUCCUACUCCAGCCCGUCCCCGUCGUCGUCCUUGCUCCUGCUCCACCACCACUCGUAUGGCCUCGCCGAGACGGCCGCCAGAGACGGCGGUGAUCCGGGAGCCAGAGACGGCGACGAGUCACCCGAGGACGCGGUGGAGGAGAUCGUGGAGGUGAAGCUGGGCAAGCUCAGGUGCGUCGACGGCAAUGCCAGUGCCAGGGACCUCGUGGCCGACGGCACAGGUAGCAGCGGUGGCAAUGGCAGGGGAAGUCUCGGGCAGAGGCGGUGCCUGUCCAUGGGAUCAUACGAGUACGUCAUGGACGACCACGCCGCGCUCCGCGUCACCAUCAAGGCGACCCCGAAGAGGAGGCCCGCGAGCUCGAGGUCGUCGCGCCGCCGCCACGCGCUAUCGGCGUGCGACCUCGGGUGCCCCAAGAAGGCGGGCGCGUGGGAGACGGCCGUCACGGAGGCCGCCGCCGCGUCCGCGGACGCCGACGGGCGCUGCGGCGACGGCCCCGGCCCCGCGGCAGAAUCCGCCGGCGAGAGACGCGCUGCGUCGUUCCGGUGGCCGGCGAUGGCCUCGGGCUGCAAGAGGCACCGCAGGGACGAGGAGCCUUGCGACGUCGAGGCAGGUGGCUCCGAGGACAGUGGCGUCUCGUCUGUAGCGGAAGAGAGGCCGCCGUCGGUGCCUAGGGCGGCGAUGCUCUGGGUCGCCGGCGGGAGACAGGGAAGCCAUUCGUGA